CGCGCGUCGGGGACGGACCACCCGUCCCCCAGCGCGGGGACCCGCCGCCGGCCUUCACUUCUUCUUCUUCUUCUGGCCAGAGAGAGACGAGACCCCUCCUUCUGCCGCCGCGCGCGCUCUCUCCCGCGAGAAGAACCCCCUCGAGCGUCAUCCGUCAAGAUGGUUCUGAAGGAGCUCGGUGUGCGCGGCACGGACACGACGUUUCAUCACUCCACGAAACGAGACCGCGUCGUGUUCGUGGACGACGUCCCCCCCGGGCUCGUGUGCCCCGCGUGCCGCGACGCGUUCGUGUGCCCGAUGAUCGCGCCGUGCGGGCACAGCGUGUGCAAGGCGUGCUCGGAGAAGGUCAACCGCGCGACCGGACGAUGCUUCACGUGCGACGCCCCCGCGAACCCGGUCGAUCUGGACGACGACGGCGUCAGCGCCGUGGAGCUCGGCGACGUCCGCGCGCUGUGCCGCCACGGCGUCGGCGUGCGCGAGGGCGAGGCCGGCCCGGAGGUGUACGUCCGCCACGACGAGUUCAACGUCACCGCGUGCAGCGCGGGCGUGCGAUUGCGCGACCUGGAGACGCACGAGGCGGCGUGCCAAUUUCGACCGCUGCGGUGCGACCUCCGCGACGUCGUCCACCGCGACGAGGACGGCGCCGUCGUCGACGACGUCGACGCCGUUGACAACAAAGAGAACGUGGUCGACGGGUGGGGGGCGGGCGGCGCGAACGAUAACAACAACGGCGGCUACCACGAGGACGCGUGCGGGGCGGUGUGUCUGCUGCGAGAUAUGCCCGCGCACCGCGCCGAGUGUAAAAACCGUCUCGUCAACUGCCCGUUCGCCUCCGCCGGGUGCGAGUGGCGCGGCGCCGCGCGGCGUCUGAGCGACCACAGGAAUCACUGCCGGAGGCAACCGAGGGAGUGUCCGAACGGGUGCGGCGCGAUGGUGUCCGUGGGGGCGAUGAUGAUGAAGCACUUGGAGCGGUGUAAGCUCGCGGAGGUGGCGUGCGACGCGCCGGACGCGGAGUGGGACGACGCGACCGUCCCGGCGGACGACCCGCGGCGGUCCAACCUCGACUGCGCGUCGAUCCGCGCGCGUUGCCCCGCGGUCGUGAAGCGAUCGCUGCUGAAGAAGCACAGGGCGGAGGAGUGCGCGUGGGCGCGCGCGAAGCGAUGCGAGCGGUGCCGCGCGAUCGUGUCGCUGAGGAGCGUGGCGGAGCACGAGAAGCUCCGAUGCGUCGCCGCGGUGGAGCCGUGCCCUCUGCGCUGCGGGAUGGUCGUGUCCAGGGGCGCGUUGGACGAGCACGUGAAGAAUCUAUGCGUCAGAACGCUCGUGGACUGUCCGUUUAAAUCCUUGGGGUGCCACACCACGAUCGAACGCGGACGUCUCGAAGCGCACGUGCAGCACGCGGCGGGGAAACACGCGGAGCUCGUGCGGUCGGGGGUGUGCAACGCGCGCGAGCGAAGCGUCGCGCUCGGGGAGAGGGUGAAACGCCACGAGGACGAGGUCGUCGCCGCGGCGCGCGCGAGGGACGCCGAGACGAUCGAGUUCGUGAACGCGAAGCGCGCGGAGUCGAUGGAGGAGCUCUCGAAGGCGAGAGCGCACGACGCGGCGGCGCGAAAACGCGUCGCCGCGGACGCCGCCGCGUUGAGGCGCGCGGCGUCCGACCAGGCCAAGACGUUCAGGUGCGUCCUAUACACUGGUCCCCAUACGACCGCGAUCGCGUGGUGA